AACAUACCUUAGCUAUCACCAUUGCUGGGCAUGAUACGCCAGUGUGACAGAAAACGUACAUUCUAAAGUAAUCGCAGCCUUGGAGAGUGCUCAAUGAGUUCCGCACCCCACCUAAUGUUCAUCGUCAGAUACCUCCCGCACUCGCCAUUUCUGGCCGCAGUGUGGCAAUUCGCUACCACACAAGGUGCGGGCCUGCGGAAUUUUGUCUGGAGACUCCUCGGCAGACACCCGAUGCCGUUAGUUGAGACAAAAGUCGAGAAAGAUACUCAGAUGUCUCUAUCACAUCCCCGUCGUAUCAAAUACUGGCCCAUCCCGGGGUCCUGGCAACGAAGGGAACAUCCUAACUGGCCCGACUCCGUGUUCCAGAUUCCUGAAAAUGUACCACAUGGUGCCAUCUACCACAUCACAAAAGGGAAGCAGGUCGGCCACGGGGCAACAGCGCAUGUUGAGCGGCUCCCAUCGGGCCAUGUCGUGAAAUACUCAAGGUCAAACCCAUACUCGCCCAAGGAAGAGGAAGACCAUCGCAGGAAUAUGAGGAUAGAGGCUGAGGUCUACCAAAGAAUUGGGGACUGCCCGUAUAUUCCUGGGUUAAUCAACUGGGACCCCGAGACUUGCUGCUUAACGCUAGAGUACCUCGAGAAAGGAGACCUCGCGAUGUACGCGAAAGAGACGGUACUGAUCCCCGAUGAGAUUCGACAGCGUUGGACCCUACAGGCAGCAGCGGCGCUGAGAGCACUCCACGCAGCAGAAAUUAUCCACUGCGACGUCACGCCGCGUAACUUUAUACUAAACGCGACCCUCGAUCUUCACAUUGCCGACUUCGCUGGCAGUUCGGUUGCCGGCUCAAUCCUACUGUCGCGGCCGGACCGAGAUUUCUCCCCCCUGGCUGGAGCUGGCACCGCGCAGUGGAAAAGACUGACGAUAUCUUCGCCCUCGGCUCGGUCAUUUACUUUAUCAUGGUCGGAGAGGAGCCCUAUGCUGACCUAUCAGAGGAUGAAGUAGAGAAGCUGUUUAGGGAAGCAGUUUUUCCCGAUGUAUCUCGCCUGGCCUGUGGGGCAGUGAUUCGGGGCUGCUGGGACGGGACAAUAGAGACAGCGGAACAGGCCGUCCAUUCUUUAACUGAAUUGUAUGCCACAAUUCCAAGGGCAGCUUGAGCGGAUUGACAG